AUAAAGUUGUAAUAGCCCAAGAAUGGAUUUUUUCUCUCUUUGGACUCAACUUUGACUUGUUCUUCUUCAGCUCACUUUGGUCUGAGUCUGAAGCUUAAAGCUUAAAGCUUUGAGCUUUGAGCUUAGUCCUUUCUUUCACUUUCAUACAAUUUUCUUUUGGGGUCAAAAUUUAUAUAAUAAUUUUUUUGCUUCAAUAUGGAGUUUAGUUAGAUCUACCAAAUAUCCCACUAAAUGGCUUGUUUUUUUUUCUUCAACGGAGGAGUUUAUUAGUAUUUACUUUGCCAUAAAAGCCUUAGCUUUUAUAAAAAUCAAAGCUUGAUAACAACAAAGAAAAAUAACCCCAUUGUCAUUUUCCAAGAAACAAACCCUAGAUCUGCAAUGUUGCACCUCCGCCCUCGCCGGGAUUCCACUUCAGCCACCAAUAAAUGGCAGAACAAGUCUGAGGAGAAUUUGGAGCAGUGGCCGCAUAUGAAGGAGUUGGUUCAGUGUUAUACUGCUGAUUUGGUUAAGGAUGAGAAUAAGUAUGGUCAUUAUGAGAGUGUUGCUCCUGUGUCCUUUCAGAACCAGAUUUACGAAGGCCCUGAUACUGAUAUUGAGACAGAAAUGCGUCUUGCUAAUGCAAGACGAACUAAGACUGAAGACACCACUGAUGAUGACGUGCCAAGUACCUCUGGACGGCAGUUUACUGAAGCUACUGCUUCUGACUCGUCACUAUCAAAUACUUUAAAGCAUUUUGGUCAAUCCCCACUACCAGCUUACGAACCGGCUUUUGACUGGGAAAAUGAAAGAUCACUCAUAUUUGGUCAAAGGAUUCCAGAAACUCCUAUAUCACAUGGAUUGAAGAUCUCUGUGAAAGUUCUAUCCUUAUCAUUCCAAGCUGGACUAGUUGAGCCAUUUUCCGGUACAAUUUGCUUAUACAAUAGGGAUAGAAGAGAAAAGUUGUCUGAAGAUUUCCAUUUUCGUGUGCUACCCAGUGAAAUGCAAGAUGCAAAUGUUUCAUCGGAGUCUCGUGGAAUCUUUCAUUUAGACGCUCCAUCAGCAUCAGUUUGUCUGUUAAUUCAGUUAGAGAGGCAUGCUUCUGAAGAUGGUGGGGUUACGCCUUCAGUCUAUUCUCGCAAAGAGCCAGUUCACUUGACUGAGAGAGAGAAGCAAAAAUUGCAGGUGUGGUCCCAAAUAAUGCCUUACAAAGAGUCCUUCGCCUGGGCUAUUGUUUCAUUAUUUGAUAACAGCAUUACUGCAGCUUCUGGUGGGUCUGCCUCUCCAAGCAGCCCACUUGCUCCUAGUGUGUCUGGAUCAAGUUCUCAUGAGGGUGUUUUUGAGCCUAGUGCAAAGGUCACACUCGACGGGAAGCUGGGUUACUCAACUGGAAGCUCUGUUAUAGUGGAGAUAUCAAACUUAAAUAAAGUUAAAGAGAGCUACACCGAGGACUCACUCCAGGAUCCUAAACGCAAAAUACACAAACCUGUAAAAGGUGUUUUGAGACUGGAGAUCGAGAAGCACCAAAUUGAUCAUGCUGACUUAGAAAAUAUAUCAGAAAGUGGUAGUCUGACCACAGAUGAUCCUGCUGAUCGCAAUGCUGAUUCUGCAUAUGGAAAGCAUACCAGUAAUGGUUCAGAUGGGCUUCACGGUAGCAACUCUAAGUGGAAUUCUUUGGAAGCCAAAGAAAUCUCUAGAAAUGGAUCAAACGCUCAAAGAAAUCAGGAAUUUGGUGCUGAUGAUUUCCAAGCCUUUGACUUCCGUACUACAACAAGAAACGAGCCUUUUUUGCAGCUUUUUCAUUUUCUCUAUGUAUAUCCGUUGACUGUUAGUUUAAGUCGGAAGAGGAAUUUGUUUGUGCGGGUUGAACUUAGAGAGGAUGACACUGAUAUUCGUAGACAACCAUUAGAGGCGAUGUAUCCAAAGGAGCACGGGGCAACAACACUUCAGAGGUUUGCUCAUACUCAAGUUGCUGUUAGUGCUAGGGUGGCUAAUUACCAUGAUGAGAUUAAACUGUCCCUCCCUGCUACCUGGACACCAACUCAUCAUCUUUUGUUCACUUUUUUCCAUGUUGAUCUUCAAACCAAGUUGGAAGCUCCAAAGCCUGUAGUAAUUGGAUAUGCAGCGCUGCCAUUAUCCACACAUGCUCAGUUGCGAUCUGAGAUUUCUUUGCCAAUUAUGAAAGAGUUGGUUCCACAUUAUCUCCAGGAUACUGGCAGGGAGAGACUUGAUUAUUUGGAGGAUGGAAAGAAUGUCUUUAGGUUGCGGUUAAGACUUUGUUCAUCAUUGUAUCCCAUCAAUGAACGCAUUAGAGAUUUUUUUCUUGAGUAUGAUAGGCAUACUCUUCGAACAAGCCCACCAUGGGGUUCUGAACUUCUUGAGGCUAUUAACAGUUUAAAGAAUGUUGAUUCCACUGCUUUGCUUCAAUUUCUUCAUCCUAUUUUGAAUAUGCUUCUCCAUCUUAUUGGCAAUGGUGGAGAAACACUCCAGGUUGCAGCUUUCAGAGCCAUGGUUAAUAUUGUUACCAGGGUGCAGCAGGAGUCAGUUGAUGAUGCUGAAAGAAACCAUUUUCUGGUCAACUAUGUUGAUUAUGCGUUUGAUGACUUUGGGGGUCGUCAGCCUCCUGUAUAUCCUGGUUUAUCCACUGUUUGGGGAAGCCUGGCUCGAAGUAAGGCUAAAGGUUAUCGUGUUGGACCAGUAUAUGAUGAUGUUUUAGCCAUGGCUUGGUUUUUUCUUGAGCUUAUUGUCAAGUCAAUGGCAUUGGAAAAGACUCGUCUUUUCUAUCACAGUCUUCCAUUAGGUGAAGAUAUCCCACCUAUGCAACUUAAAGAAGGUGUUUUCAGAUGUAUUAUGCAGUUGUAUGAUUGCUUACUGACAGAAGUACACGAGCGUUGUAAGAAGGGGUUAAGUUUAGCAAAACGCUUGAACAGUAGUUUGGCCUUCUUCUGUUAUGAUCUUCUACUGAUUAUUGAACCUCGCCAAGUUUUUGAAUUGGUGUCGUUGUACCUGGACAAGUUUUCUGGAGUUUGCCAACCUCCUCUGCAUGAUUGUAAGCUCUCAUUUUUGCAGAUCAUAUGUGAUCACGAUCUUUUCGUUGAAAUGCCGGGAAGAGACCCUUCAGAUAGGAACUACCUCUCAUCUGUCCUAAUUCAAGAACUUUUCCUAACUUGGGAUCAUGAUGACUUGUCUCUACGAGCAAAGGCCGCUAGAAUUCUGGUGGUCCUUAUGUGCAAGCACGAAUUUGAUGCUCGAUACCAGAAGCCUGAAGAUAAACUGUACAUUGCACAACUGUAUUUUCCUCUUAUUGGCCAGAUCUUGGAUGAGAUGCCUGUUUUUUACAACCUUAAUGCUGUUGAAAAGCGUGAAGUUCUCAUAGUUAUUUUACAAAUUGUGCGGAAUCUUGAUGAUGCAUCACUUGUAAAGGCGUGGCAGCAGAGCAUUGCACGGACUAGAUUAUUUUUCAAACUCAUGGAGGAAUGCCUAAGCCUUUUCGAGCACAGAAGGUCUGCUGAUGGCAUGCUUAUGGGUUCAAGUUCUCGUAGUCCUGUUGGGGAUGCACCUGCUUCGCCUAAGUACUCUGAUAGACUUUCUCCGGCAAUCAACAAUUAUCUGUCUGAGGCAUCUAGACAAGAAGUCAGACCUCAGGGAACACCGGAAAAUGGAUAUUUAUGGCAGAGAGUAAAUUCGCAGUUAAGUUCUCCGAGCCAGCCAUAUUCACUGAGAGAAGCUCUGGCUCAGGCACAAUCUUCUCGAAUUGGAGCUUCAGCUCAGGCUCUCAGAGAAUCCUUGCACCCAUUAUUGAGGCAAAAACUGGAGCUCUGGGAAGAAAACUUGAGUGCUUCUGUUAGUCUUCAGGUUUUAGAAAUUACCGAGAAAUUUUCAACUAUGGCUGCUUCCCAUAGUGUUGCUACAGACUAUGGAAAACUCGAUUGUGUCACAGCCAUAUUUAUGAGCUUCAUCUCUCGAAAUCAACCACUCGCGUUCUGGAAAGCUUAUCUACCCGUUUUCAACAGUGUAUUCAACCUUCAUGGUGCAACUCUUAUGGCAAGAGAGAACGAUCGUUUCUUAAAACAAGUUACUUUCCAACUUCUUCGACUUGCAGUUUUCCGGAACGACAAUAUUAGAAGAAGGGCUGUUGUUGGGCUCCAAAUACUUGUUAGGAGUUCUUUCUAUUACUUUAUGCAAACAGCCAGGUUGAGAGUCAUGCUUAUUAUUACAUUGUCAGAACUUAUGUCCGAUGUGCAAGUGACUCAGAUGAAGCCCGAUGGGACACUAGAAGAGAGUGGUGAAGCUCGGCGUCUGAGAAAAUCUUUGGAAGAAAUGUCAGAUGAAGAUAAGAGCCCCGGUUUGUUGAGGGAGUGUGGUCUUUCCGAGAGUGCUCUAUUGGCUCUCCCGGAAAAGAUGACAGAGAGCAAGUGGUCCUGGUCAAAUGUGAAAUAUCUGUCAGAAAGUCUUCUUCUUGCCCUUGAUGGUAGUUUGGAACAUUCACUUCUGGGAUCUAUGAUGACUAUGGACAGAUAUGCAGCUGCCGAAAGCUUUUAUAAACUUGCCAUGGCAUUUGCCCCUGUUCCAGAUCUUCACAUAAUGUGGUUACUUCAUUUAUGUGAUGCACAUCAGGAAAUGCAAUCUUGGGCCGAAGCUGCCCAAUGUGCUGUUGCUGUUGCCGGGGUUGUAAUGCAGGCCCUUGUGGCUAGAAAUGAUGGGGUGUGGAGCAAGGAUCAUAUAACUGCUCUUCGUAAAAUAUGCCCAAUGGUUAGUAGCGAGAUCUCCUCGGAGGCGUCUGCAGCUGAGGUAGAAGGAUACGGUGCUUCAAAACUCACAGUUGACUCAGCUGUGAAAUAUCUACAACUCGCAAAUAAGCUUUUCUCUCAAGCCGAGCUCUUUCAUUUCUGUGCAAGCAUCCUGGAACUGGUGAUUCCAGUUUAUAAAAGCAGGAGGGCGUAUGGACAGCUGGCCAAAUGUCACACGCUACUUACAAGUAUUUACGAAUCGAUUCUCGAGCAGGAAUCAAGCCCAAUUCCAUUCACCGAUGCUACCUACUAUAGGGUGGGAUUUUAUGGUGAUAGAUUUGGGAAGCUGGACAGAAAGGAGUAUGUAUACAGAGAGCCUCGUGAUGUGCGGUUAGGUGACAUAAUGGAGAAGCUGAGUCACAUUUAUGAGUCUAGGAUGGACGGGAACCACACGCUGCAUAUAAUUCCAGAUUCUCGGCAAGUUAAGGCUGACGAGUUGCAGGCGGGAGUUUGCUAUCUUCAAAUAACCGCUGUUGAUGCAGUCAUGGAGGAUGAGGAUUUGGGUAGCCGAAGGGAGAGAAUCUUCUCUCUUUCUACAGGAAGUGUCCGUGCUCGUGUCUUCGAUCGUUUCUUGUUUGAUACACCGUUUACCAAAAACGGAAAGACUCAGGGUGGGUUGGAAGACCAGUGGAAGAGGCGAACUGUUCUGCAGACUGAAGGCUCUUUCCCUGCACUUGUUAAUAGGCUCGUGGUGACCAAAUCCGAGUCACUCGAGUUCUCCCCGGUAGAAAAUGCAAUUGGAAUGAUUGAAACUCGAACAGCUGCUUUACGGAAUGAACUCGAAGAGCCUCGUAGUUCUGAAGGGGACCAACUCCCACGUCUGCAAAGUCUUCAGAGAAUUCUUCAAGGCAGUGUGGCUGUCCAGGUUAACAGUGGGGUGUUAAGUGUGUGCACUGCAUUCUUGUCCGGUGAGCCUGCAACGAGGCUGCGGUCUCAGGAACUACAACAGCUCAUUGCUGCGCUCCUCGAAUUCAUGGCUGUUUGUAAGCGUGCCAUCCGUGUACAUUUUAGAUUGAUCGGAGAGGAAGACCAAGAAUUCCACACACAGCUUGUGAAUGGGUUUCAAUCGUUAACCGCCGAGCUGUCCCAUUACAUUCCCGCCAUUUUGUCGGAGCUGUGAUGUGUGAGUGUAGCAGCUUUUCAUGUAGUAAUUUUAAUUUCCUCUAUAGCUGAGUGUUUGUGUGGCAGCUUGAAAUGUGUUGAUAUCUUUUGUAAUUUCCUCUACGUUUUGUGGUGUUCCAUUCCAUUGUUUGUUCAUAUGUAACUUUGAUCCUUAACUAGAUGAGUAAUUUGUCCAUUUGGGGCCUUUCUUUGUAAAUUGUCACAUUUUAUGAUGCAAUUAGAGAACAUUCCUUGGAGUUUGAUCA